GGUUGCUGGCGGGUGCGGGCUGGUGAGUGCGGGGUGGGGGGUGUGUGCGUGUGUACAAACCCGUGUGUGUGCAGCUUGUGUGUUUGCCUGUGUACACAACGGUGUGUGUGUGUGUGUACAGCUGUGUGUGUAUACACAACCGUGUCGUGCACGCGCACAACAGUGUGUGUGCACCUGUGUGCGUGUACCUGCGUGUGCAUACAGCUGUGUGCGUGCAUACAGAGCCGUGCGUGUGCUCUUGUGCGUGUACACGGCGGUGUGCGUGCUCCACGGCCACCCCCCCCCCCCCCCCCCCCCCCCCCCCCCCGGCGCCGCGAUGGCGAAGCCGCAGGGCAAGGACGCGGGGCUGAAGGAGAAGUUCAAGCUGCUGCUGGGCCUGGGGCCGGCGCGGCCCAGCUCCAAGUCGGCGGAGGGCAAGCAGACCGAGUUCAUCGUCACCGCCGAGAUCCUCAAGGAGCUGAGCGUGGAGUGCGGGCUGAACAACCGCAUCCGGGCCAUCGGGCAGAUCUGCGAAGUGGCCAAAACCAAGAAGUUCGAAGAGCACGCCGUGGAAGCCGUGUGGAAGGUGGUCGCUGAUAUGCUGCAGCCAGAGCGGCCCGCAGAAGCCAGGCACGCUGUGCUCCAUCUGCUGAAGGCCAUCGUUCAAGGACAGGGCGAGCGACUAGGGAUCCUUCGAGCACAUUUCUUUAGGGUAAUUAAGGAUUAUCCUUCUAACGAAGACCUGCACGAGCGGCUUGAAGUGUUCAAGGCCCUCACAGAUAACGGAAGGUACAUCACGUACCUGGAGGAGGAGUUGGCUGAGUUUGUGUUGCAGUGGAUGGAAGUCGGUUUGUCUUCUGAGUUCCUCCUAGUCCUAGUGAACUUGGUGAAGUUCAACAGCUGCUACCUGGAUGAUUACGUCGCUGAGAUGGUGCACAUGAUCUGCCUAUUGUGCCUUCGCACGUCGUCAUCAGAUGACAUAGAGGUUUCCCUGCAGGUCCUGGAUGCCGUGGUUUGCUAUAACUGCCUGCCUUCGGAGAGCCUCCCUGUGUUCAUCAUCACCCUGUGCCGCACCAUCAACGUCAAGGAGCUGUCAGAGCCGUGCUGGAAGCUCAUGCGCAAUCUCUUGGGGACCCACUUGGGGCACAGUGCCAUAUACAACAUGUGCCGGAUCAUGGAGGACAGAGCUUACAUGGCCGAUGCAGCCCUGCUGAGAGGAGCCGUGUUCUUCGUGGGGAUGGCACUGUGGGGCGCGCACAGAUUGCAUUCUCUCAAGAAUUCCCCAACGUCGGUGCUGCCUUCGUUUCUCAAGGCUAUGACUUGUUCCAAUGCAGUUGUGUCUUACGAGAUAGUCCUGUCCAUAACCAGAUUAAUCAAGAAGUAUGGGAAGGAGCUUCAGGCAGUCACCUGGGAUAUUCUUCUGGAUAUCAUUGAGCGAUUACUCCAGCAGCUCCAGAAUCUGGAGAGUCCGGAUCUGAAGUCCAUUGUACAUGACCUGUUGACAACAGUAGAAGAGCUGUGUGACCAGAAUGACUUCCAUGGGUCUGAGGAGAGGUUCUUUGAGCUGGUGGAGAGAUGUGCUGAUCAGAGACCAGAAUCUUCUGUACUAAACUUAAUAACCUACAGAGCUAAGUCCAUUUACCCUGCCAAAGAUGGCUGGAUCCACAACCUGCAGCUGUUAAUGGAGAGGUUCUUCAGGAAUGAGAGUCGCAGCGCGGUUCGUACUAAAGUUCUGGAUGUCUUGUCUUUUGUCCUGAGCAUUAACAGACAGUUCUAUGAGGAGGAGCUAAUCAAUGCUGUAGUAAUCUCUCAGCUGGCGCACAUUCCAGAGGAUAAAGACCACAAAGUCCGCAAACUGGCCACCCAGCUGUUGGUGGACCUGGCCGAGGGCUGCAAUACACAUCACUUUAACAGCUUGCUUGACAUCAUAGAAAAGGUGGCUGCACAUUCUCUGUCGUCCCCGGCUGAGCUGGAGGGGAGAGACUUGCUGUCCUAUUCUGCUUCUCUGGAGGAUGUGAAGACGGCGGUUCUAGGCCUUCUCAUCAUUCUCCAGACUAAGCUGUACAGCCUGCCUGCCAGCCACGCCACCCGCGUGUACGAGAUGCUGAUCAGCCACAUCCAGCUCCAUUAUAAAUGCAUGUACAGCCUUCCCAUUGCCAGCAGCAUCCGACUGCAGGUGUUUGACUUUCUGCUGAUGCUCCGGGCCGACUCCCUCCACCGCCUGGGCCUUUCCAACAAGGAUGGAGCCGUGAGGUUUAGCCCCUACUGCCUUUGUAACUUGGUAGAGCCAGAGAAGAGGACCUCUGAUAAAAAACCAGCUGGGACCCUCUCCCCUCCUUCGGGAAGUCCCAGCGUGUCAUCGCAGAACGCCGCCAUUCGCGUGGGCCAUUUGCCCUAUUCACUGCUCUUUGGAGUCCUCCUGCAGUGUUUGAAGCAAGAGACGGACUGGAAGGUGCUGAAGCUGGUUCUCAACAAGCUGCCAGAGUCCCUCCGCUAUAAAGUGCUAUUUUUAACCUCUCCUUGCAACAUUGAUCAGCUGGCCUCCGCGCUCUGCUCCAUGCUUACAGACAAAAAGACCGCUGACAGGCUCCACGGCAUGCCGGAAGGAUUCUCCCGUACAGACUUGCACCUGGCUGUGGUUCCCGUGUUGACUGCAUUAAUAUCUUACCAUAAUUACCUGGACAAAGCCAAGCAGCGCGAAAUAGUUUAUUGCUUGGAGCACGGUCUGAUUUAUCGCUGCGCAAACCAGUGUGUUGUGGCUCUGUCCGUGUGCAGCAUUGAGAUGCCCGACAUCAUCAUAAAGGCUUUGCCCAUCUUGAUCGUCAAGUUAACGCACAUUUCUGCUACUGCCAACAUGGCAAUCCCUCUCUUAGAAUUCCUGUCAACUCUAGCCAGACUGCCUCACCUCUAUAGGAACUUUGCUGCUGAGCAGUAUGCCAGCGUGUUUGCCAUCUCCCUGCCCUACACCAAUCCCUCCAAGUUUAACCAGUACAUCGUGUGCUUGGCACAUCAUGUCAUAGCCAUGUGGUUCAUCCGGUGUCGCCUUCCCUUCCGGAAAGACUUCGUCCCUUAUAUCACAAAGGGCUUGAGGUCCAAUGUUCUCCUUUCCUUUGAUGACACCCCCGAGAAGGACAGUUUCAGGGCUCGCAGCACAAGCCUGAAUGAGAGGCCAAAAAGUAGUUUAAGAAUAGCCAAAAAUGCAAAGCAAGGCUUGAAUAACUCUCCUCCUGUGAAAGAGCUGAAAGAACCCUCUGCAGUUGAUGCCUUCCGGUCCCGCAGCAUCAGUGUGUCUGAACAUGUGGUCCGCAGCCGGAUCCAGACAUCCAUCACUAGUUCGAGCCUGGGCUCUGCAGAUGAAAAUUCAAUGGCUCAGGCAGAUGACAACUUAAAAAAUCUCCACCUGGAGCUCACCGAGACCUGUCUGGAUAUGAUGGCCCGAUAUGUCUUUUCAAACUUCACCGCAGUGCCCAAGAGGUCUCCUGUGGGGGAGUUCCUGCUGGCUGGAGGAAGGACGAAGACCUGGCUGGUUGGGAACAAGCUUGUGACUAUCACGACGAGUGUUGGAACAGGGACACGGUCUCUUCUGGGCCUGGACUCUGGAGAGCUUCAGAGCAGUCCAGAGUCAAGCUCAGACCCUGUUCUGCAAGUGAGGCAAACGAAAGAAGCCCCGGCAAAGCUGGAGUCUCAGGCUGGCCAGCAGGUGUGCAGAGGCUCUCGCAACAGAGUCCGGUCCAUGUCUGGUGGCCAUGCCUUGCGUGUCGGUGCCCUGGAGACGUCCGGCUCCCAUUUCCCCAGCAGUUCUGUGCCCCAGGGCUUACAGAACCCUCCGGCUUCUGCUGCUCGAACAGAGAAGGCUGCUUCUGCUGCCCAGACUCCUCUGCAGAAAGAGAAGGCGAGCCUGGCUGCGUACGUCCCGCUGCUGACGCAGGGCUGGGCAGAAAUCCUCGUGCGGAGACCCACAGGUAACACGAGCUGGCUCAUGAGCCUGGAAAACCCUCUCAGCCCCUUCUCGUCAGACAUUAACAACAUGCCGCUGCAAGAGCUGUCCAACGCGCUCAUGGCUGCCGAGCGCUUCAAGGAGCACCGGGAGACUGCUCUCUACAAGUCCCUCUCGGUCCCUUCCUCCAGCUUGGCCACCGGCACAGCCAAACCAUCCCUUCUGCAGCGCUCCAAUACAGUGGCCUCUUUCUCUUCCAUGUACCAGUCCAGUUGUCAAGGCAAGUUGCACAGGAGCAUAUCCUGGGCAGAAUCAGCCGUGGUUUUGGAAGAGGGGAGCCCGUCGGAGAUGGAGCUAAAAGAGGCCGAUUCCCCAACAGAGUCUCAGGAGAUUGAAGACUUUGAGGCCACAUCCUCGGAGCCGUCCCUGAGCGAGGAGAAGUUUGGUAAACCCAAAGAACCGUACAGCAGGUCCUCCUCGACGUCUAGUCAGGAAGAGAAAUCCCUGAGAUCCGAUGACUUGGUUCCUGUCGGGAUUCCCAUUGGAAGGGUCAUCCAUUCAGAAGAUGGCCGGGCACUGGAGGAGCUUUCCUUCCAGCCUUCGCAGCCGCUCAGCAAAUCCAGUUCUUCCCCCGAACUUCAGACACUGCAGGAAGUCCUCAGGGACGCGAAUGGCAGAGAAGGAAUCGGAAAGCUGAGCACGGAAGUGAAGUCGAAAUCUCAGUCUGAGAACUUGGAAGGAGAAGUACUUGGAAGCUGGUUGAGCCAGGGGGAGGAUGCUAAAAUGACCGGCACAGCCAGCAUGUCUUCCUCUUCUCCUCGCUCACCCAGUGGCUACCGCCCCAGAGGGUACACCAUCUCCGAUUCAGCCCCCUCCAAGAGGGGAAAAAGGAUCGAGAGAGAUGCCUUCAAGAGCAGAACAGCUGCCUCCAAUGCAGAGAAAGUACCUGGAAUAAACCCAAGCUUUGUGUUUUUGCAGUUGUAUCACUCCCCGUUCUUCGGAGAUGAGUCCAACAAGCCCCUUCUGUUGCCAAAUGAGACAUUUGAGAGAUCAGUGCAGCUCCUAGAUCAAAUCCCUUCUUAUGAUACCCACAAGAUCGCAGUGCUGUAUGUUGGAGAAGGACAGACCAACAAUGAAAUUGCCAUUCUGUCGAAUGAACACGGCUCCUACAGAUACACGGAGUUCCUGACGGGCUUAGGGAAGCUCAUUGAGCUCAAAGACUGCCAGCCUGAUAAAAUUUACCUUGGUGGUCUGGAUGUGUGCGGGGAGGACGGGCAGUUUACUUACUGCUGGCAUGAUGACAUUAUGCAAGCCAUUUUUCACAUCGCUACUUUGAUGCCCACAAAGGAUUUGGAUAAAUAUCGCUGCGACAAGAAGAGGCACCUUGGGAACGAUUUUGUUUCCAUCAUUUACAACGACUCGGGGGAAGAUUUUAAACUGGGAACCAUCAAGGGCCAGUUCAACUUUGUGCAUGUUAUCAUCACGCCGCUGGACUACGAUUGUAACCUAGUGACGCUCCAGUGUCGGAAAGAUAUGGAAGGGCUCGUGGACACAAGCGUGGCUAAGAUCAUCUCGGAUAAGAACCUGCCGUUCGUAGCACGCCAGAUGGCCCUGCAUGCCAACAUGGCUUCCCAGGUCCACCAUAGCAGAUCCAACCCUACAGACACCUACCCGUCGAAAUGGAUUGCUAGGCUCCGUCAUAUCAAGAGGCUGAGACACCGGCUACGCGAAGAAACACAGUACCAGGCACCCGGCUUCCCUCUGCAGAUACAUCCUUCUGCCCCUGCCAAGCCCCCUCCCCAUGUGCCGCAGGACCCACCGCCGACCUAUGAAACGGGGCAGCGGAAGAGGCUGAUUUCCUCCGUGGAUGACUUCACAGAGUUUGUGUAACCCCAUCUGAUCCGUGUCAGCUGUCUGGCACUCGAGGUGAUGGACCCUCUUCACCCCACAUGCUAACAGACUGCUGCCCAGGGAGACCGCCAGGACUUGGCCAGCUAGGUGUGCCCGUGUUGCUUUAGUGUGUGAGCUAGUGAUGACCUGUGCCAUGUGACUUGGAUUUACAUAUGCCAUCAUUUUGUCUUGCCCACCAUCAAAUAUGAUAAAGAUUUUCUACCCCGGCUGCUCAUGCUGGAAAGGACUGAGGCCAGACAUUUCAUCUUCCUGUGUCUGGAGACCUCUCUGAUAGCAGCUUUCUUGCAAGGGCUCUUUUCCCGGGGAUGCUUCAGAACCAGUUUUCUAAACUGAAGAGUGGCAAAGCAUCAAGGCAGGACGCUGUCCUCUGUUCAUCACAUGGUCAGAGCAUGCAGAAAAUGCGCCUAGUUUAAAAACAGGACACGAUGGACUGGGUGUUGCAAGCACAGACUUUCAGUGCUAGAGAUCUUGCUGCCCCUCUCCCUGCAUGGAGGCCCCUUAGUGCUCAAGAGAGUGGCAUCCAUUCUCAGACUUGCUCUACCCUGGCUCAAACCGAGUAGGGUCAUUUGGUUUCACGCAUUACCAGUUGAAGAAGAAAAACAAAUCUUAAGUUUCCAGGGAGACCUGUCUGUUUGUCUCUUAACAAACCAUAAUGAUAUAUGGCCUUGAGAGGCGAGUAAAGCUGAAAUCGCUCGCUCUGAACAGACUGGAGCAUCACAAAGACUCCAUUUUAACCCGGGAUUCAACAGAUGAUUUGAGCUCGUGUUACAAAUCGUGAACUAACCAGAGGCCGAAUGCUGCUCCUAGUCGAUUCAGUGAUGAAGCCUCCGAUGGACUGGCGACCGAGGAUGGAGCAAGAAAGCAGGGGAAUAACUUGUCCCUCUUUUGCCCAUCCAGUUGGAAGGUACUUUCUGACGAGGGGACUGGCUGUGCACAGAAGACGCUGAAUUGCUUUCUGAUAUACCCUCACCUCGAGCCCUUCCUCCAGUCCGUGGCUUCCUCAGGCCUGCUAACUGCAUGGCUUUCAUACAAGCUUUUUGUAUUGGGCAUCUCGCACAGCCGCAGCCUCUCAGCUGGAGCCCAGCAGCUGGGAUGUUUUGUAAGGAGCUUUCUAACACAGAUGUGUGCAAGAAAGGCCUGGAAUUGGGUUGUCCUUCCUGUGGUAAGAGAAGGGCAUCAGACACUACAUUACAGUCAUGGGAGAAACUGUAUACUGUGACCGGCUCGUGCUUUUUGCUAGUGAACUGAAUGACUGAAUAGCUUCCAGAGAUCGGAGAGCUGGUAAAUGGUACCGAAGGUCAACCUAGCUAUGUUGGAGUUGCUUGAGAGGUAGGGAAGGAGGAAGAGGAGAGGAGCUACCAGGCAAUCCAGGAUUGUUUGGUGCCUCUCGUGUGGGUCCUGUUCCGAGCGGGUGUAGCUCGUAAACGAAAUAAAGGUGUUUGUAUGGAGA